AUGCAAAACAGUACCGUGCAGCUGCGACUCGCCACAGACCCCGCCGCCGCUUCGCUGAGCGUAGAGGCACUGUGCACCUUGGCCACACGCUUCAUCACUGCACAGGAGCAGCAGCAACAGCCGCAGGAAAGAAAAGACAUAAAUGAUGGCGCCACAGCGCGCGUAGGCAAUGGCGGCGACGGCACACUGCAACACAUUCUCUUAUGCGAUGUCCUUGCUGAUACAGCUCAGUGUUGCGGUACCCCGUUGCCUCGGGAGCAGAAACAACAAGAAGAUCAAAAGCCGACCGAGAAUUGGACCACCGCCUCGUGCGCGUUGCAUGCCAGUCUCGGAAGCCCCGUGGAGCUACGACAGCAAUCCUUCAACGCCAUGCUUGCGCGGGAUGCGUUUGUGCUGCUACUGCGCGAGGUGCACGCACAGCGCAUGGUGGCGAACUCCUACAAGCGGAAAUACACAAAUGCGAUGGAGUCGCUGCGCCUCGCCGAGAGAGAGGCGUUGGCCGUGUGCAACGAAGAAACUCAGUUGAGCGGCGACAAGAAAGAUGGCGGGCAACAGGAACAUCAACAGCAGAAACAGCAAGCCAGUUCAGCGUCUCAAGUCGAUGGCGGUGACGCCUAUCACGGUGACACACAGCUGACUGAUGGCAGUCUCGUUGUCGCGGGGCUGAACGAUCAUGCCGCGUCUCCCAAGCAGCUGUGUGCCGCAGCGCGGCGUCGGCACCGCUGCUUCCGCCGCCUUGGCGGGGCGCUCCACCGCGCAAGGGUGGGAUUCCGUAAGGCGCAGCGUGGCCGGUCACUCUCUGCCAGCGGCAGCGCACGCAAUUCUCGUGGGGAUUGGCUGGCCUCUGUCUCUUCCUCCACUACCAUUGGGGGAGAGAUGUCGUGGCACGUCCAGUCUAGAAGCAGCGGGGAUGAGUUACCCGCUCUUGCGCGGUCGUCGGCCGGCACCUUAAAGCGGAGUCGCGUCCGCUGCUCCAGCUGCUCCUGUGCGCCAGCAGUGGCGCGGAGUGCUCUGGGUUCCUUGCUCUGGCCCGCGCGCACAGCCGCUGUUGAGGCGGCGAGUGCGUAUGCACACAGCGCGCUGCAGGAAUACGGCGACGAUAGCAGGGGCAGUAGCAGCGGCCGUCCAUCGCUGCGCCACGUCAGCGCUUCCUACAGCCAGACGUGUUUCGGUGUGUCGUUGUCAAGAUCGGCGUCGCCGAGGUGGCGCAGCACGACCCCCGACAACCAGCUGCUGCAGUCUUCACGCCACGAGGGGAGGAGCAGCGACAAGAGCAGUAGCAAUAGCGACAGCGACACCACGGCAGAUAUCUCGAGUGUGCAGCUGGCGGUCAAUGCGCAGCUGCGGCAGUGGCGACUUGAAGCCUCACGCAUGUCUGACGAGUUGUUAGGCCGUGUGCCACACCCUUGA